GAGUCUGAACUGCUGGAUCUGGCCAUGUGUGCUUAUCACUGCUCUGUGUGUUAGCUGUGAACUGAUAGCUCGUCAGUGGCUUACCACCAACUAAUUUGUCAGCGCGUUCAUAAACUACGGUCUGCUUUGAUCUGCCAGGCUUGUAGAAGCAGCGAGGACCGGGAACAGCCUGGUUCUGAACGCCGCGGUGCUGCUAAUUAGUAAGCUAACGUCAGCUAACAAAAGCAGCUGCAGACUCAUCCGAUAAAAAUGGCCACUGUUUCUAUUCCUGCCUGCACUACAGCCUUGCUGCUCGACAUUGAAGGCACCACCACACCGAUUACAUUUGUUAAGGAUAUUCUUUUUCCAUACAUCAAAGAGCAUCUUGAGGAUUACCUGUCCACUCACUGGGAAGAAGAUGAGUGCAAACAAGAUGUUCAUCUAUUAAAGAAACAGAUUGAAGAGGACAUGAAACAGAACCGGGCGUGUCCUGUGCACACCGUGGACCAGACAGUUCACACAGAUGAGGAGAAGGCCAUCAGGGAAGUAGUGGAAAAUGUCCUGUGGCAGAUGGCGGCAGACAGGAAGUCCACAGCACUCAAGCAGUUUCAGGGUCACAUGUGGAGGACAGCUUAUACUUCUGGGAGAAUCAAAGGCGAGGUCUAUCAGGAUGUGGUUCCAUCCAUCAGAACAUGGAGAGGACAUGGCCUAAAAGUCUACAUUUACUCCUCUGGAAGCGUGGAGGCACAGAAACUUCUGUUUGGAUACUCUGUUGAAGGAGAUCUUUUAGAAUUAUUUGACGGUCACUUUGACACCAGUAUAGGGGCUAAAGUAGACACAAAGAGCUAUGAGAGAAUUGCAGAGAGGAUUGGCUGUCAACCUGAGGAAAUCACAUUCUUGACAGACGUCACCCGAGAGGCCAAAGCUGCAGAAGAAGCCGGCAUUAAUGUGGUGGUGGUGGUCAGGUCUGGAAACAUGGAGCUGACAGACGAGGAGAGGGCCCACUAUAACCUCGUUACCUCCUUUAGCCAACUUCAGCUGAUGGGACGCGCUUAACAAAGAGUUCUCUGACUUCAUGGUGACCUCUCCUCUUUUUUUGCCCCCACCUUUUUUGCAACUCUAGUGUUUUUUUUUUGUUUUUUGUUUGUUUGUUUUCUUUGUUCCACGUUGAUGGGUGAAGAGGUGCUGGUGAUGCUGCUGGGACUGCUGGCAAUCAGUGGAGCUGAUCAUGAAAUCCCAGCCUCUAGAGAUGGUUCAGUAUCCAGUUCUUUCAGGAUGCCUUUCACAUGCAUGGAAAUGGAAGCAUCGAGCAUAACAGGAGCUCAAAUGGGACAUCAUUGUCAUUGGACCAUUUGAUUGAAUGGGAAGCUGUUGAUUAUUACAUUUACAAGGCUGAAGAAACUUCACAUGACAUAUGAGAUUACCUUUUUACCUUUUAGACGAACUGUAUUUGACUGCCACUUUCCAAAUGUAUAUGCGUAAGCUGUAUUUCUUAACCAUUUCGUAAAUGUUCAUAUGCUGUUUUCCUCCCCUCUACCCUAACUAAUGUGUUGCAGGUGUAUGAAGUUCUAUCCAGUGAGUGAACUGUCUCGUUUUAGAAAGUUACAGUAUAGAUGCACUCGGCAAAAUGAGUUUUCGUUUGAAACUUUGUUUGAAUGUCUUAAUUAAGCCCCUCACAGGUGAAUGGUGUCUAUUUAAAUGUGCCAUACUUGUUGUUCAUCUGUAAUGUUGGUCUUGGGAAGUAAAAAUACCGAAACAUUGCCAGACUUUGUGAAACAUUGUUGGUAUUAUUCAGGAAAUGUACUUCUAAUAAAUGCCUCGUCUCCCAGAA